UUCUUAUCAGUCGGCAUACGGAAAUCAACGAGUAAGAUACUCCGUGAAGCCAUCAGUCUGCCGUAUUAGCAUCUAGUUGUACUGCUUAGUACUCGGUUCCGUGUUUCGUGUUUAACCUCCGUAUUGUAGUAUUUCUGCAUUUUUUUUUUCUGAAUUUUGAACCCUAAGUCAUUAUGCAUACGUUGCGGUCGGACGCCAAUCGAAACCGUAGUAAGAACGUAGCUAGAAGAGCACGUGGAAGAUUUCACCCAAGAAAUGCACGAGUGCCCCUGCUUACGCCGUUGGAAAUGCUUGAACGCAGAAUUUCAUUCCAAGACCUCGAAUCGUUGCAAUUAGUCGAUGAAAUGCCCCAAAACAUUUUCAAUCGAAAUGGUAGUAAGAACGUUGCUAGAAGAGCACGUAGGAGUUUUAACCAAAGAAAUGCACGAGUGCCCCUGCUUACGCCGUUGGAAAUGCUUGAACGCAGAAUUUCAUUCCAAGACCUCGAAUCGUUGCAAUUAGUCGAUGAAAUGCCCCGAAACAUUUUCAAUCGAAAUGGUAGUAAGAACGUUGCUAAAAGAGCACGUAGGAGUUUUAACCAAAGAUCUAUUUUUACCGAACAUGCACGAGUGCCUCCGCUUACGCCGUUUGAAACGUUUGAGCACGACAUUUCAUUCCUCGAUCGUUAUGCUACAAACGAAGGAACGGAAGACACGGACGACAUCGAUGAAGAAUUGUCAGAAAUAGAAGACAGUAUUAAUACUAACGUCAGCGAUACUUGGUCGAUUAACAACGGGACGUCGGAAGACGAAGGCGAGGAUAAUUUUAUAGACGAAAACGAAGAAGCGUCCAGAGAACAAAUGUUGACUCCGUCACCGACGAUUGGACUAAAUAGUCCAUCCGUCUCGGACGAGAACCGUGUCAUGCAUAUCGAGUUUACGGAAGCCGCGGCCGGUCGAAAUCGAAGCAGAAACGUAGCUAGAAGAGGACGUCCUAACCCUUUCCCAAAAAAUGCAUUGGUGAACCUAACGCCCUUUCAACGCGGCGAAACAUUCAACGGAUUUGCCAAGAACCUCGAACUAGAGGAAAUUGUUGGGUUUUCGUAUGAUGAUGAUGAUGAGAUGGUUUUGUGUGACGUCAAAUGGCGAAAUGAUGGAAAUAGGACCAGGAAAAUUGAAGCAAGUCUUUUACGAAGAUACUGUCCUGGUAUCAUCGCGGACUUUUACGAAAGAGUGAUUAUCGCGAGUAUUCGUCAAUGAAACGCCUGUACGUGAAAUGAAAACUGAGUUUAGAAAAAUAAAAACGUAUUUUGUGUGUUGACACAAUACGCACGUAUUACAAAUUAAACAUAAGAUUAUAUAUUUUUUUUAAUUUCCUAUUAACAUUUUAUUCAAAAAGUUGUAUUAAAAAUAAAGAAGAUAUGAAGAUGUUAAUUAAACAAGUAAAACCAUUUAUGUACCUAUAUUAUAAGAUAUAACUAUACAGGGUGUAAUAUGAUAAAUAUAAUAUUUUUUUUUAUUUUACUCUUA